GGGAGAUAAUUGGUUAGCCUACUUGAAGCAUCCGGGAACCUCGCCAUAGUAGUAGACAUGGCGGGUAUCAACCUGGCUAAAUGACGAAAUAAAUUUUGUUUGCUAAUAUAAGAACGUGUUAAUUACCUAGAAAAAGUGUUGAUACUAAAAGACUAUUUAAGUUGUAUUUGAUUAGGACAAAAAUGCAGAAUGUUGGACAGUCUGAAAACCGAAAUAUCGAUAAGGUGAAUGUGCAACUUGAUGUGGUAAAAUCGUCCACUCCUCAGAGUUCGGCUUCGAGUCCGGCCAAAUCUGAAACCGAAACGUAUUCAGGAGCACCUGCCAAAUACAUGACGGACUCUUCGGAAAGCGAGGAUGACUCUGUAUCCGAGAUCUUGCUGGCUUGUUUGUGCCUUAGCAGGCCAGACCUGUUGGCGGAGAUGGAAGAGGAAGGUGGUGGUGCGGAGUCAUCCAAGUUCCUACUUUCCCACGACGACCCGGAGAGGGCCGUCGAUCCUGAGAUGCAGGCCAGGCUUGAGGCCUUGCUCGAAGCAGCCGCAGGCAUCGGCAAGCUGUCCGGCGAGGGCAAGCACCUGGCUGACCCGGAGGUGCUGCGACGGCUGACGUCGUCGGUGUCGUGCGCACUGGACGAGGCGGCCGCCGCGCUCACGCGCAUGCGCAGCGACCAGCCGCCCCACCACCACCGCCACCACCACCAGGACAAGCCGACGCAAUGCGGGUCGACGGCGACGGGGACGACGGGGCCGGUAGGGUCGUCAAGCGCGGAAGGUGCUCCAUCCUUAGCUGAAGCCUGUUCCGAUGGCGACGUGGGAACUGUCCGCAAGCUGUUGACCGAGGGGCGCAGCGUCCACGAGACCACGGAGGAGGGGGAGUCGUUACUGUCUCUCGCUUGUUCCGCCGGGUACUACGAACUCGCGCAGGUGCUACUCGCCAUGCAUGCCAGUGUCGAGGAUAGAGGCAUCAAGGGCGACUGCACCCCCCUCAUGGAAGCGGCAAGCGCGGGGCACGUGGACAUCGUGCGGCUGCUGAUCGCGCACGGGGCCGACGUGAACGCGGUAUCAGGCUCCGGCAACACCCCCCUCAUGUACGCAUGCGCGGGUGGCCACGAAGACUGUGUGCGCGCACUGCUCGAGAACGGCGCCAACGUCGAGGACCACAACGAGAACGGACACACGCCGCUGAUGGAGGCAGCGUCGGCAGGACACGUUGGCGUCGCGAAGAUCCUUCUCGAGCACGGCGCGGGCAUCAACACGCACUCCAACGAGUUCAAGGAGUCGGCGUUGACGCUCGCUUGCUACAAGGGCCACCUGGAUAUGGUUCGGUUCCUGCUAGCCGCCGGUGCGGACCGCGAGCACAAGACGGACGAGAUGCACACAGCGCUUAUGGAGGCCAGCAUGGACGGACACGUGGAGGUGGCGCGGCUGCUGCUCGACUCCGGGGCGCAGGUGAACAUGCCAACGGACAGCUUCGAGUCCCCGCUGACGCUGGCGGCGUGCGGCGGCCACGUGGAGCUGGCGAUGCUGCUGCUGGAGCGCGGCGCCAACAUCGAGGAGGUCAACGACGAGGGGUACACGCCGCUCAUGGAGGCCGCUAGGGAGGGUCACGAAGAAAUGGUGGCGCUUCUCCUCGGCCAGGGUGCGCAGAUCAACGCGCAGACGGACGAGACGCAAGAGACGGCGCUGACCCUCGCCUGCUGCGGCGGGUUCCUCGAGGUGGCGGACUUCCUCAUCAAGGCGGGGGCGGACGCUGAGCUCGGCGCCUCCACGCCGCUCAUGGAGGCAUCGCAGGAAGGACACCUUGAACUCGUGCGAUACCUCUUGAACGCGGGCGCGGACGUGCACGCUCAGACGCAAACGGGCGACACGGCGCUGACGUACGCGUGCGAGAACGGCCACACGGACGUAGCCGACCUGCUGCUGCGCGCUGGCGCCAAGCUGGAGCACGAGAGCGAGGGCGGCCGCACGCCGCUCAUGAAGGCCUGCCGCGCCGGACACCUCUGCACCGUGCAGUUCCUCGUCGGGAAGGGCGCAGACGUGAACCGCAUGACGGCCAACGGCGACCACACGCCGCUGUCGCUAGCAUGCGCUGGCGGGCACGCCGAUGUGGUCAAGUUCCUGCUGGCCUGCGACGCCGACCCCUUCCGCAAACUCAAGGACAACUCCACCACGCUCAUAGAAGCAGCCAAGGGCGGACACACUGCUGUUGUGCAGCUGUUACUCGACUACCCGCACUCCGUCAUGUUGCCCAGAGCGGGCACGCCGGCGGCGGGCGAGGACGGGCCGGGGCUGUCGGCGGCGCAGGCGGCGGCGCUGGGCCUGAGCCACGCGGCGGCGCCCGGCGCGGCCGGCGCGCGCGCGCUGCUGCCCACCGUGCAGCCGCCGCCCGCGCAGCCGCCCGCCGCGCAGCCGCUCGCUGCGCAGCCGCCUGCCGCGCAGCCGCCCACUGCGCAGCCGCACCCCGACCUCUCCGCCAACUUCGCCAAGAUGUACCUCGACGGUCGCAAGAAGCAGGGCGCGAGCACCACCAGCAGCCCCAUGUCGGCGGCGCCGCCCGCCGCGGCCCCCGCGGGCCCGGCGCCCGCGGCGGCCCCCGGCGCGUGCUACGCGGGCGGCAAGCACAAGUGCGCGCGCAAGCAGCGCGCCGCGCCCACGCACCCCGACCACCACCUGCCGCCGCCGCCAGACAUACUCGACGACCAGAUAUGCCACGAGACGAUGGCUAAGCUAUCCCUCCCGCCCGGCUUUACCUGGAAGGACGUUACCAAGAAACGCAAAAAUAAAGAUCCCAUUGAUCACGAUUUCAAUAGACCGGAGGCGCUAGCCGCGGCCCGCAACGAAAUCCUACCGGACACCGAUCGGAACCUCCUAGUCGACAUCAACGACUCGAAUGGUCCGCCGACGCUGGCCACGUCGGCGCUGCACGCGCUCGACCUCCAGUUCUGCGCACAAGGCGUGACGACAACGCUUCAUGUGCCGAGCACGCCGCCGUACCCGCCGCCGGAGCAGCUGUUCCCAGUGCAUCAACUCGCCGCCAACCUCAACCAGCUCCAACAUGAACGUUCUCAGCACCAACUGGCGGAGCUGCAACAACAGCAGUUCCAGUUGGCGCAACAACAGCAACAACAGAAGAAGCCGCAACAACAACCCCAACAACAGUAUGCUCAGGACUUGCAGAGGCCUGAGGGCUUCGUGUCACAGGGAGAAGAGGCGGCGGCGGGCGCGGAGGCGCGCGAGCUGGCCGCGGUGCUGGCCUACCUGCAGCGGGAGGUGCCGUCCCUGGUGGCGCUGCCGCCCAACGAGCUCAGAUCCUUGGUGCUGCAGGUGAUGCAACAGAAGUCCCACGAGAUCCUUUCGGCGAAGUGUUCGGUGGCGGAGCCCAUAGCGGCGGCCGGGGCGGGCGCGGGGGCGGAGGCCGCGGCCGAGGGCGAGGAGCGCGCCGCGCGCCGCCUGCUGGCCGCCGCCGAGGAGGCGCUGGCCGCGGACUGGCCGCGCGCCGACCACCAUCAUCACCACCACCACCAGCACCACCAGCACCAACACCUCGACCUCACCGUGGGCAACGGCUGUGGGUACCGCGUGCGGCCCGCAUCCCCGGGGGCGGAGGGCGAGGCGGCGCCGCAGCCGCCGCAGGAGCCGCAGCCCUACUUCGCGCCACCGCCGCUUACGCACGACGAGUACAGAUCGGCUACGUUCGCGGCGCCUGCGGCGGCGACGGGCGUGGCGGCGGCGCCGGGCUCGCUGACGCCGCAGCCCGCGCCUCACGGCAAGCGGGACCAGACGCACCACCACAACACCUCCGCCACCGUCAAGAAAAAGGGCCGCUUCGGCGCCAUGGGACGCGGGUCCCGCGGCGCAGCGGCCGACAGCUAUGGCAGCUCCACCCCGCCCGCGCCCGCGCCCGCCGCCUACUCCGCCAUGGACGUGGACGGCGAGACCGACUCCAACCGGGACACGGCGCUCACGCUGGCCUGCGCCGGCGGCCACGAGGACCUCGUCGAGCUGCUGCUGUCGCGCGGCGCCGACAUCGAGCACCGCGACAAGAAGGGCUUCACUCCCCUCAUCCUGGCAGCGACGGCAGGUCACGAGAAGAUCGUGGAGAUCCUUCUCAACCACGGCGCGGACAUCGAGGCUCAAUCCGAGCGCACCAAGGACACGCCCCUCUCCCUCGCCUGCUCCGGAGGACGCUACGAGGUCGUUGAACUCAUCCUCUCGAGAGGGGCAAACAAGGAACACCGGAACGUGUCCGACUAUACCCCGCUGUCCCUCGCCGCUUCAGGGGGCUACGUCAAUAUUAUACGACUCCUGUUGCACCACCAGGCGGAGAUAAACUCUCGCACGGGCUCGAAGCUGGGCAUUUCCCCCCUCAUGCUGGCGGCCAUGAACGGGCACACAGCGGCCGUGCGGCUGCUGCUCGACUGUGGCUCCGACAUCAACGCGCAGAUCGAGACCAACCGCAACACCGCGCUCACCCUCGCCUGCUUCCAAGGCCGACACGAAGUUGUAAGCCUGCUUCUCGACCGCAAGGCCAACGUGGAGCACCGCGCGAAGACCGGGCUGACUCCCCUGAUGGAGGCCGCGAGCGGGGGCUACGUGGAAGUGGGCAGAGUGUUGUUGGACAAGGGGGCUGACGUGAAUGCGCCGCCCGUGCCUUCAAGCCGAGACACCGCCCUCACCAUCGCCGCUGAUAAAGGACACACUAAGUUCGUCGAACUACUGCUUCAGAGACGAGCAGCAGUGGAGGUGAAGAACAAGAAGGGCAACUCGCCGCUGUGGCUGGCGGCCAACGGCGGCCACCUCGCCGUCGUGGAGAUGCUGUACGCCGCCGGCGCCGACAUCGACUCACAGGACAAUAGAAAGGUCUCUUGCCUGAUGGCCGCGUUCCGCAAGGGCCACACCAAGGUGGUCAAGUGGAUGGUGGGCGUCGUCACGCAAUUCCCCUCAGACCAGGAAAUGACGAGGUAUAUCUGCACGAUAUCAGACAAGGAACUCAUGGAGAAGUGCCAAGAGUGCGUACGAGUUAUCCGCGCGGCUAAGGAAACGCAAGCAGCACGCGCCAACCAAAACGCGACCAUAUUACUCGAAGAGUUGGAUGCAGAACGUUGCCGUGAAGAAUCCCGCCGCCAGGCUGCCGCGCGCCGCCGCGAGCGCAAGAAGAAGAAGAAGAUGGAGAAGAAGGUUGGUCUAGUGAGCCUUGCUCAUGUGGAGGAACGGCGGAAGCUUCAAGAGGAGAACGACAAGAACUCGAUGUACUGUGAGAAGGCGCUGGGCGAGUGCUCGGAGGGCGGCGAGGCUGACGACGAGCCGCAAGCCAAGGAGGAGGGCGACUCCGGCAUCGACGCCAACUCACAGCCAUCCCUGCAGGGCUCGUGCUCGUCGUCGGACGUGAAGGCGCCGCCCGCCACCAGCACCAAGAGCAAAAAGAAGAAGAAGGAUGACAAGGAGAAGGCGCCCCCGCCGCAACCAGCGCCGCCUGCCAAACAACCGGAUAAGACUAAACCCAAAAUAGACGUGAAACCCGAGAAAGAACCGUUGAAGGUGGACAAGAAGCAAGAGAAAGAAAACGUUGCGCCGAGCUCGCCGCCCGCGACGCCGGCCAAGACCGCGCCCACCCCGCAACGGCUGCCGGAGAAGAAGGACAAAAAACCCGAAGAGGAUAUACCUAAGAGCAUAACAGUACAGAACGUUAAAUACGGGAGUAGCUCUAGAAAGAGUCAGGUGUUUGAGUCCACUAGACACAAUGUGGAGAAAGACGACGUCGAUACGGGCGUCGCGGACAAAAGUAGAAAGAUACAUAGCCAGCAGUGGGAGGCAGACAAGAGCACGUCUCCCAAGGGCAGCUGCGCGGGCGCCGGCGCGGCGCGGCGCGAGGAGGGCUGGAAGGAGGUCGUGCGCAAGUCCAGCGUGCAGACGCUCAACACGCUCGAGCCCGGCUGCAAGAAAGUAUCGGUAGCGUCGCACGCGAUCUCGCGCGUGAUCGGUCGCGCCGGCAGCAACAUCAACGCGAUUCGCUCCGCUACUGGCGCGCACAUCGAGGUCGACAAGCAGAGCAAGGGGCAGGGCGAACGCAUCAUUACUAUCAAGGGCUCUGCCGACGCGACGAAGCAGGCGGCGUCGCUGAUCGCGGCCAUGAUCCGCGACCCGGAGGCCGACAUCGCGGCACUGCUGCCCCGCGCCAAGCUGGCGCCAAUGCCGCCGCCACCCGCCCCCGCGCCGCCCCACAAGCCGCCCAAGCAACCGCCGCCCAAGCAGGCGCCGAGCGCGGCGCCGCCGGGCCGCGUGGCGGCGGCGCGCACGCCUGCCAAGCACGCCGCGCCGCGCGCGCAGCCGCCGCGCCUGCAGCCCAACGCAUCAGCCCCAGAGAAGCGCGCGGCGUCCACCCCGGCCACCCCCGCGCCCACGCCCGUAAAGUCUACGCCCACGUUAACGUACACGGGCGCGAUAGUGGGCGCGCGGCACAACACCUUCGCGGCCAAACUACAGACAGCCACGCCGCCCGCCGACGCUAAACCACGCCCUGCGCCGCCGGCGAGCACGGUGGCGUCCCCCGCGCCGGCGCCGGCGUCGUCGCCGCUGAAGGUGUCCCGCGAGUCCCCGGGCGCGGGCGCGGCGGGCGAGGAGCCCCGCGAGCCGGCCGCCAGCCCCGACGCGGCCGCGCCCGCCUGGAGCGCCGCCGACGACGCGCCCGCCGCACCCGCGGCGCCCGCGGCACCCGCGCGCGCCAUCAACACCACGCCGCAGUCGAGCUCGAGCAGCGGCACGCAGGAGUACUCCCUGUUCAAGGACGUGUCGGCGGGCGCAGGCGCCGUGUGGGGCGCGGCCGGGGAGCCCCACAGCGUGGACCCGCCGCCGCCGCAGGUACUACACUUCACCAACCGCUUGGUGGACGCCAGCAAGGCGCCGGGCUACCGCGGCGGCGCGGGCGCGGGCGGCUGCUCGCCCUGCUCGCGCACGUCGUCGCACGGCUCCACGCCGCCGCCCGCCUACGCGCCGCCGCAGCCGCCGCCCGCCAGCUACCACCAGCCCAUGCCGUGCGGAAACAACGUCAAUCCCAUGGACAUGAGUGGACUAUCCCGGAAUGGACCUAUCUACCCGGAUAACUCCCGGAAUGGGCAUAACAUGAUGGUGUCAAUGUCGGGCGGCGUGUCGGGCGUGUCGGGCAUGUCUGGUGUGUCGUCGGGCUCGCUGGGGCUGGGCUACGUGGGCGUGGAGGCCGUGUCGCGCCUCAACCCGCGCGCGCCCGACUUCGCGCAGAGACACCCGCUCAUGCAGCCUAAGCACAACCAACAGCAGUUGUUCGCUGGCGGCAGCAACGCCGGCAACCUGGGCAACCUGCUGAUGAACGCCUACCAGCAGCAGGCCGCGCCCAAGCUGCAGCCGCACGCCCAGCACCCGCAGCACUCGCAACACUCGCAACAUGCGCACACGCCGCAGCCGCACCCCUACCAGUCCCUGCUGGAGCGCGGCGUGGGCUGCGUGGGCGGCUCGGUGGGGUGGGGCGGGGGCGGCGGCGAGGAGGAGGAGCGCAAGCCGCGGCCCAUCGGCACGGAGCGCGCCUGGAAGCUCACGGCCGCCGACGACUGGCCGCACCACCUGCCGCACGCGCUGCACGCCGACCACGACCGCUACCAGAACGUGAGCGGCAUGGGCGGCGUGGGCGUGGGCUCGGUGGGCCCCGUGGGCGCGGCGCUGGAGGCGGGCUACGCGGGCGGGUCGGCCACGGCGGCGGCGCUGUCGCUGAUGCACGCGCUGCCGCUGCACUACCUGCCGCCGCCGCCCGAGCCGCACUGGGAGCGCCACCACGCGCCCGACAAGCACGCCCGCCACGCGCCGCCCGCCGCCGACGCCGCCGCGCCGCAGACUUGGAGCAAAUGGACUCACUAGAGUCCCCCCGGCACAGACGACGACUGCCUUACUACGCGCGCCCCCAGUCCCGCCACUGUCGCCGUGCUACCAGCCGCACGUCCGCGCGAUAGACCUAUCCGCCGAGGAUUAUAUAUAAUUGUAACCCUUGGAAACGGUGUAGAUAUUAGUGAGAAAGAUUAUAUUAUACAGAUUAUCUAUAUACAUAAUAGAGAAAAUGUCCUAUCGAGAAGAGAACUACUUAUACUGUACGAUCGACUGAAGUGAGCAUUAAACGAUUCAUUAUAAUGAAACUCGUGAGGGGA